CCCACUCUCUUCUCCUUUUUUCCUCUUUUUAAUUAAAUUUCAAAAUCCCCUUUCCCUCCGUCUUCCCCCCAGCGCUCCGGUGAAAUGACCGUCGGUGCUCUGAAAAUGGAGGUAGCAUCAACUCCGAUCAGAUCUUGUUCAAAAGAACACCAAAAGAUCUACAAAGAUUGGUUCAGCAUCGCCGAUUCAGAUGGAGAUGGACGUAUCACUGGAAAUGAUGCUACAAAGUUCUUCGCCAUGUCGAAGCUUUCUCGUCAAGAACUCAAGCAGAUUUGGGCAGUUGCAGAUUAUAAACGACAAGGAUUUUUAGGUUUGACAGAGUUCGUUACUGCUAUGCAGCUGAUUUCUCUGGCACAGGCAGGACAUGAAAUAAACUCGGAUAUUCUUAAAAAUUCAGCUGACAUGGAGAAUAUUGAUCCUCCAACUAUGGAAGGUUUGGAUGCUUUUCUAGCUAAAAAUAAUGGUUCAACAACAAAUAAUGAGUCUGAAAUGAAUGGAUCUGUUCCACCCCAACUUUCAACCACAACUCAGUGGUUUGCUUCAAAGUCUUCAAAGAAGAAGACCCCUCCUGUCUCAGUUACAUCAAUUAUAGAUGGUUUGAAGAGAUUGUAUAAUGAAAAGCUAAAGCCACUGGAAGUAACCUAUCGUUUUAAUGAUUUUGUGUCACCUCCAUUGACAAACAGUGACUUUGAAGCUAAACCUAUGGUCAUGCUUUUGGGUCAAUAUUCUACUGGGAAAACAACAUUUAUAAAACAUUUGUUGAGAUGCAAUUACCCAGGAGCUCACAUUGGACCAGAGCCCACUACUGAUAGAUUCGUUGUUGUCAUGUCUGGACCUGAUGAAAGGAGUAUACCUGGGAACACUAUUGCAGUUCAUGCAGAUAUGCCAUUUAGUGGCCUGGCAACUUUUGGAGGAGCAUUUUUGUCAAAGUUUGAGUGUUCUCAAAUGCCACAUCCACUGUUAGAUCAAAUUACUUUUGUGGACACUCCUGGAGUUUUAUCUGGGGAAAAACAGCGAACACAGCGUACUUAUGAUUUUACUGGUGUUAUCUCAUGGUUUGCUGCCAAAUGUGAUCUCAUCCUUCUUCUAUUUGAUCCACAUAAACUAGAUAUCAGUGAUGAAUUCAAGCGCGUAAUUGCAUCCUUACGUGGUAACGAUGACAAGAUACGUGUUGUGUUGAACAAAGCUGACCAAGUUGAUACGCAACAACUAAUGAGAGUAUAUGGAGCGCUGAUGUGGUCACUUGGAAAAGUUCUAAAUACACCUGAGGUUGUGCGUGUUUAUAUUGGCUCUUUCAAUGACAAGCCCAUUGAAGAAGCUGCUGCAGGUCCAUUAGGGCAAGAUCUUUUUGAGAAAGAGCAAGAUGAUCUUCUCAUGGACCUCAUGGAUAUUCCAAGGAAGGCCUGUGAUCGUCGGAUAAAUGAAUUUGUAAAGCGUGCUAGAGCUGCCAAGAUCAAUGCCUAUAUAAUCAGUCAUCUUAAAAAGGAGAUGCCUUCUAUGAUGGGAAAAGCUAAAGCUCAACAACGACUUAUCGACAAUCUUCAAGAUGAAUUUGGAAAGGUUCAACGAGAAUUCCACCUUCCAGCGGGAGACUUUCCGGAUGUGCAGCACUACAGGGAGACCUUGAGCGGUUACAACAUCGAUAAAUUUGAAAAAUUAAAACCUAAGAUGAUUCAAGCGGUCGAUGAUAUGUUGGGAUACGAAAUACCGGAGCUUCUAAAGAAUUUCCGAAAUCCAUAUGAAUGAAGGAAAAAUCCCAUGGAAGCGAACUGUUCUCUUGCCUCUUAGAACAUGUUAUUGCUUUUGGAGCUUGUUAUAAGAUUUUCAUUUUUUAUUUUUGGGCCAAAUUAUCAGAUCUUCUUUUCAUGUGUAUUUUUCUUGCAAAUCAGGUGCUGUUGGUGUUAAUAUUAUGCAACGUUUAAGAAAACUUAUUCAUAUCA